UAGAACUCUAUAAUAUUAAGUUGACAUUCAUGUAUUAUUGGAGAAAACUAUACUUGCUUACAUACUGUUUAAUAUCAUCAUGCUUUUAAGAAGAAUUUAAUUACAUAUAACGCGAGAUUUAGACUUUUAUUCGGGCGAUUUUAUGGUUAGAAAGAGUGAUUUCUUGUAUAUAAAAUAAAAUUCUAUAGAAAAAGUCUGAGAAAUGUAUUUUAAUCUUUGUCAACGGUUGACACGGACUUGCACCAGACAAAUAUACACCAGUGUAUCUCGAAAUUUAAUGAAACAGUACUCUGACAGCACGUUCGAAAAAAAAUUGCGCUCCACAGCUCUUUAUUGGACUGGACUCGGAGUUUUAGUUGUUGGAUUGAGUUAUUCUGCAGUACCUUUGUAUAGAAUGUUCUGCCAGGUAUUGCAGGCAUACAGUUAUGGUGGAACAGUAACAGUUGGCCAUGAUACUAGCAAAAUUGACACAAUGUCACCUAUCAAAAAUAGAAAGAUUAAAAUUAAAUUUACUGCUGAUACUGCAGCAUCAAUGCAGUGGAAUUUCAAACCACAGCAAAUAGAGAUUACAGUUGUUCCUGGAGAAACAGCUUUAGCAUUUUAUACUGCUACAAAUCCAACAGACAAACAAAUCAUAGGGAUAUCUACUUAUAAUGUUAUACCUUAUGAAGUAGGACAAUACUUUAAUAAAAUACAGUGUUUCUGUUUUGAAGAACAAAUGCUUAAUCCUCAUGAACAGGUUGAUAUGCCAGUAUUCUUUUACAUUGAUCCAGAAUUCACGGAGGAUCCAAAAAUGGAAUUUAUUGACGACAUAAUCCUUUCUUAUACAUUUUUUGAAGCCAGGCCAGGAUUACAACUGCCUGUGCCAAGUUAUGUCAAAGCCCAACAAAGUAAUAAGUAAAUAUAUUUAGUAGUUAUUAUAAUUGUAUUAUAAUUGUAU